CAUGCUCCUACGGCCGAGAAUCUCCCCAGUCAGGGUAAAUCUGCCACCGAAACAAGACGUGGUGCGUGCCGUCAUGCUAUAUACAAUGUCGCGUACGCGAACGGUCGUCGUGACAAUUUCUUAAAAUAGCGCGGGGGGUCGGGGAAACGGUAUGGAGAGUCGCGACGGGUGGAGUAGUAUCGUGUCGCUCGUCGAAACGUAGCCGCGACGCGGAGGCGGAGGACCAGAGGGUAAAGAAAUAAAAAAAAAAGGAGGGAAGAAACGCGAAACCCUCGCGAGGAACUGUCUCGAGGCGAUGAGUAAUCGUCUUUAACCGUAAUCGUAAAAAGGGGGUCGUAACAGAGGCGCGGAUUGCGGUUGGGAGCAGUUAUGCGGUGAACGGAGAACAUUCCUGCGACCGAACCGCUGGCUGCGCGAGCGAUCUCGAGCGGGGCGAGUGCGACGGAACGGAAGGCGAGCGCGCGGCGCGAGUUACUUUCGAGCUGACUGCUGGUGAAUCUCGCGCGUGAUCGAUCGGCGACCGCUCUGAACGAUCCGGCGCCGCGCAGUGUCGAUUAUCUUCUCGGUGCCUCGUUCGGUGUACUUCAACAGCAAGAUUCGACAGCGACAACGAAAGCGAGAAGGAAAAAGAGGAGAGAAACGAAAGUGUUUUCCGAGACAAUCGCGUCUCGUUAUGUGUCUCGCGACCCCGCGGCAAUCUUUGAUUCUCGAAACACUGACGAUGUGGACUGCGCGUACGCGCGACGGAAGCUGGGACCGCCCUGUGAACUAGGACUCCGCGGAAUCCCCCGAAAUCGUUGGCGCGAAGAGCGCGAAUCGCCGAGUCCCACCGAGACGUCUCGACUUCCGCGAGACGGCUCUUCCGGCAAGCUGGAAGAUUUAAACUGCCGAGUGGAGGGAGCGCGAGGACUUUCCGCGAAGACUCUCCGCGGGAGCGCGGAGCGGACGAGGAGGAUAUAGGUGAAAAGUUUCGCAGCACGCGGCAGCACGUCGCCCGUCGAAAGUUUCGCCGUAAUCAUUUCCAUGCGCGUUAUCGCCUACGUGGCCGACUAUACAAGGGGAUAGACGACACGCCAGAGCACCGAUAUAUAUAUACGCGCGUCGUUGCUUGCGGGAAAUCUGGCGCGCGAAUCGUCGACCGUCGUGACAAUUCGCAAGCAGAUUGAAAUCUCGGACUAUCUCGCGCGAGUGAACCGCUGCUUGUCUCGUUCCACCAUUCCAACACUACUGGCGCCGUUACUGGGACUGGACCCCUUUGGACCCCUGGGAGUUCACUACUUGACGAAUUUGAACGAAUCUAGUUGUCCGGUGCCGAUAAUAGUGUGUUGAUAAUCGUGAGAACAAAGUCCAAAACGAAGUCGGCGUGAUAAGACAGUGAUCGCCUGGUGGGGUAUAUGUCAGUGAGUGGAUGGUGAUGAGUAGCGAUCCGCUAAGGAGGAUGUGAAUCGUUUCAGUAUCAAAGUGUAAGCGUGUCCCGAAACCAGUCGCGGAAAUGGCUCUGCGAUGGCAAGCGAGGCUCUCAAUUGCUGCCAUACUCUUCAUGUGCACGGAAGAUACGCUGAGUCUAGGAGAUCGGACGAUAGAUAACAUGGACAGACACGCGAUCCAGACCAGACCUCGGCAGCAAAUGCUGGAUCAUUCUUCCGGCCCGAAGUCGAAACCGGAACCCACCUUCGACUACUCGCAGAACACCAACGUGACGGCCCUGAUUGGAAAAACUGCAUACCUCACGUGCCGAGUUCGCAAUCUAGGCGACAAGACCGUAUCCUGGGUCAGGCACAGGGACAUCCACAUCCUGACGGCGGGGGCAUACACAUACACGAGCGAUCAGCGAUUUCAAGCACUACACAGACAAAACACGGGCCACAGCAACGAAUGGUCCGAGUGGACUCUCUGCAUAAAGUGGGCGCAGGAGCGAGACCAGGGGAUCUACGAAUGUCAGAUUUCCACCAUACCUAUCAAGUCGUAUCAGUUUCGCUUAAACGUCGUUGUACCUACGGCGACGAUACUGGGCGGCCCCGAGUUGUACGUCGGUGCAGGCAGCACGAUAAACCUGACGUGUGCCAUACGCUUCAGCUCGGAGCCACCAGCCUACAUCUUCUGGUACUACAAUGAGAACGUCCUGAGCUACGACAGUCCCAGAGGCGGCGUCUCCGUGAUAACUGAGAAGGGUGGCGACGUCACCACCUCCUGGCUUCUCAUUCAGACGGCGCAGCCCUCGGACUCCGGGGAGUACAGCUGCAAGCCGAGCAACGCCAAUACGGCGUCCAUCAGGGUUCAUGUCCUAAAUGAUGGUAGAGUAUUCGUUACUUCGGUAAAAGAGGAGGGAGUACCAGCUAGUUUGAUGACAGUAACUAACAAAGUUGGACCGGGAGGUCCACUUGUGAAUCCAUAUCCAAAUUGGUCAUGGUACACUAAAGGUGAUUGCAACGAUAUUAUAAGUGUAUAUCGGAUAGACAUCAAAUGCAAUUACCUUUUCGUUCUGGAUUGUGGCGACUUCAACAACACCGAAAUUUGUCCUCCGAAACUAUUGAUAUUCGAUUUAAGUAAUGAUAUGCUCGUUCAACGUAUUGACAUUCCAGAAAAUAUCGCUAAUAACGCAAAUGGCACUGGAUUGCUCGUAACGCCACUUGCUUAUGUCCACAAUUGCAAUCGCAUACAAGAUGCAACUGUGUUUAUGGCUGACAUUCUUGGUUACGGGAUGGUAAUAUACCAUAACAAGAAGUUCUGCAGAAUCGAAUCUAAAUUCAUGAAACCGACUGAUCCCGACUUUACCAUAGAAGGCGAGUCUUUCCACUUGGACGACGGUACUAUCGGCUUGGCACUUAUGCGUGGACAAUUGUUCUAUUCUGUCUUGGCGGGUGAUAAAAUGUAUAAGAUUGACAUGCGAAAGAAGGGAAAUUGUUCACAAUUAAAAAGAAAUAUUGAUGAAUUAACUCAAUUGGCCGGUACGUUAUCUGGUCAAACAGGACCGAUAGCAUCCAAGAAGUGCGCAAUAUUUUUUAGCAAUAUCCCGGAAACAUCGAUUUUGUGCCAAGACGCUACUAAAGAAUUUAAUUCCACCAACACGGAACUUAUCGCGGAAGACCCCGAAAGAUUACAAUUUCCAAGUGGUAUGAAAAACAAAGAUAACCAGAUGAUAAUUAUGACAAAUAGAUUUCAGCGUGUCAUGUCUGAUACAUUAAAUUUAACCGAGACAAACUUCCGGAUUCUCAGCGCGGAUAUAGAGCAAAUAUCGCGCGAGACAAAUUGUUUUGCUUCUUGCAGUAAGUAUCAUAGACAUAAGCAUCAUAGUAGUCAUGAACAUCAUGGUAGUCACGAACAUCAUGGUAGUCAUGAACAUCAUGGUAGUCAUGAACAUCAUGGUAGUCAUGAACAUCAUGGUAGUCAUGAACAUCAUGGUAGUCAUGAACAUUGUGAUAAAUCUGAUUCUUCUAAAGAAAUGUCUUCUGAAGAAAAAAUAUAAAAUCUAUACCGAAAACAUGAGAACAUAAUCAAUCUUGUAUGUAAUGAAUAAGAAAAAAUAAUAAAAAUACAUAUAUUUUAAUGUGAUCAAGGCAUACCAAA